GUGAGUGUAGUGGAUAAUUGUUCGUAUUUUCACGUACUCAUGUAGAGUACAUUUAUUCAAAAUUAUUGUCUUUUCGUUUCAGCUGGUUGCCAUAUGACAGAUGUCUUAUCCAGAGAAACACCAGUUUUUGACGUUUUUAUCCUUUACUCUGGAUCUGAGGAAGAUGAAAAGUUGAUAACUGACAAGUUUUUGCCACAACUAGAGGACAAGGCUGAGCUCAAGGUGUGUUUCGCCUCUAGAGACUACAUCCCAGGGCAUUUUGAGCUGAAAGAAGCUCUAAACAAUAUGAAGAAGUCUCGGAAAAUCAUUGCUCUUCUCACUGAGCAUUUUGAUGAGCAGGUCAAGGCAGUGGAAAUCAACCAGGCGGUAGAUGCAGAUUUGGCCAGGCAGUCAUGUUCUGUCAUACCUGUUGUAUGGGGUAAUCCUGACCAUGUAAAAAUGCCUGCUCAGUUUAAGAAAAUCGUCCCAUUGCGGAGGCCAGUUGACUGGGAUAGGUUGUUAACAGCGAUAAAAGAAUGAAGUUUGGUAUAAAUAACCAAGCCAUUUAAAGACAGUUUUAAUUUUUUGUAUCAAAUAUGUCUCCCAAAAUUAAUUCCAUUAGCUUGAUCACAAGCCAUUGUGUGUCAGAUCGCAUUACGGAGUAUCAGCCACUUCACCCAUUUUGCCUGGCGCGCGAUGUGAUAGCGAUGAUCCUAAGCGAUACCCGGAUGACAGGUAGGCCUACAA